GUUUGACAAUGCGGCAGUCAGUGCGCCUGCGCCAAUUUACAGGAAGUGUUAACAUUUUAUUUUACCAGCUGAUAAAGCCAAAUUGUCAACAGUCAAGCCUGCGAUACGUGCGCUGCUGAAACGACAGUAUACACGAUCAAAGGAGUGAAGAGCGGUCCAGACCCGGUCAGCCUUGACUACACUCUGAGAGGCAGUGCAAGUGACUGACUUCCCCUGACUUCCCCAGACGCCCCUAUCUUCUCCACCCCCAGGUAGGAGGCCCAGCCCCCCUGCCGUCUCCUACGCCGGGCCGGUAUGAGCUCCAGAGGGAGUGGAGGCCGCUCCAAUGGCACACUACCACAAACCAAGAUCUGCCAGUUCAAGUUGGUGCUGCUGGGCGACAUGGCUGUGGGCAAGUCCAGCCUGGUGCUGCGAUUUGUCAAGGGACAGUUUGAUGAGUUCCAGGAGACAACCAUAGGAGCUGCGUUCCUGGCUCAGUCGGUGUGUUUAGAUGACACCACGGUGAAGUUUGAGAUCUGGGACACUGCGGGACAAGAGCGAUACCACAGCCUGGCUCCGAUGUACUACCGCGGAGCGCAGGCUGCUAUCGUCGUCUUUGACAUCACCAAGCCGGACACCUUCGAGAGAGCCAAGGCCUGGGUGAAGGAGCUGCAGAGGCAGGCCAGUCCUAACAUUGUUAUUGCCCUGGCCGGGAACAAGGCUGACCUGUCAGAGAGGAGACUAGUAGAAUAUGAGGAAGCCCAGACGUAUGCUGAAGACACCGGCUUGCUCUUCAUGGAGACGUCUGCUAAAACAGCCAUGAACGUCAAUGAGCUCUUCUUGGCCAUUGCAAAAAAGAUGCCAAAAACAGACACCCAGAACCCGACACAUGCAGCGCGACACCGGGGCGUCAACCUGCAGGACCCAGACGCCCACUCCUCUCGAGCCUGCUGCGGUGGGAACUAGACCUCCCCCCCCCACCCCCCCCAGUAUUCCAGCAUCCGCACCACCACAGCCCUCCAACCAUCCCGUCUCCUUCCACCAGCGUGCAGGGGCCGGCCUGAUGCGGAGAAACUCCCCUUACCCUCCAUUCAUCCUCCUGUCAAAGCAGACAGAGAUCCAGAGACAACGACUCAAAAGGAGAGAAUAAGAGGAAAGGAAGCGUUGGAGAAGGUCGCGAUGCGUCACGAUGCGUCACGAUGCGUCACGUGACCCGGAGAUUCUGCCUUUGGUACAAGGAGAGGGCGCCUGAGCUUGAGGAGGAAAAUAAAGAAAGUGGAAGCCUGUUGUAGUAUUUAGCACUAAUUGUGAAUGUUCUUUCGUCUUCUUGCAGCGUUUCAGUCGCAGCCCUGAUUACGUAAAAAUGCACAAAACGAGCAGCGCACGCUGGCGAGCGGAGACAUAACACAUGGAAGCCAUGUUGUUGGGCUGCGCUCUUCUUCUUCUCCUUUGUCAGAGCUUGCGCCCGCUUGCUUUGCCUCCUACUAGUGAAUCAAUCCAAUCCUGCUGUGAAUAAUGCCACAUAAUAAUAAUAAUAAUAAUAAUAAUAAUAAUAAUAAUAAUAAUAACAACAACAACAACCCUGGAAUGAAACCAUCAUUUGUAACCCCCUCCCUGUCCUGCCUGACCCUCCCUGGUGUCACUGGCACCGUCCAGCCGCACGUUAGAUAAGACCCUUGGCACAGUUUGCCCAUUUGUACAUAUUUAUUGUCCGGUACACUCCUUCCACUCACAUGCCCCCCCCCGCACCUCCCUCCCUCUAACAUUGUUUCUCAUUGAUGAAUUUGGUCCAACAGACGUGUGAGUGUGUGUUCCUGAAGCAUUUUGGGUUUGCUCGAGUGUUCAUAAGGAAAAGUGACGGACUUGAUCUGGAGCGUGUGCAGUCACACACACACACACACACACACACACACACACACACACACACACACACACACACACACACACACACACACACACACACACUAAAAAGAGACAGUUCACCCCAGAAUACUUAGCAUUUAAAGACGUCUUCUCUGCAGAGGUCAUGCCCCGGUCACUGGACACCCACAGACCUUGUCGGGAGCAGUUCCAUGUAGGAACUGUUUCCUGUGUGGCGGGUGUAAUGCGGUGGAAGGAAAAUAAUAUUUGGUCUUGAUUUCUGCAAAGAGACGUUGCUCUUUAUUUGGCGCUUCGAGCCCCCUGUAGCUCCGUUGUGUUGGAGAGAAGGCAGACACACUAAAACAACAGAUUGAUAAAGUACAGGCAGGAGGAAGAUGUAUUUCUGAUCUUGUGGUGAACUGUCCCUUUAAUUGAAUUACUACAGUGGUUGAUGGGGGCUAUAAAGGUUCAUCUCUGCACAGGUGACCUCUUGUGUUUAACGCGUCCCUCGUCCCAGAGCUAAAGCUGUUGCUCAUUAACUUAAUAUAACGCUCUUCACAGUCGUGUGCUCGGUGGCUGCAGACGAGGAGCAACUGAUGAAAACACAAAAAAGAAAAAACAGAAGUGCCUAUUCCCAGUUUUCUUUUUGUGACGUUUGUUGUGCUUCGUAGGCAAAGUGCAGGAGAACCCACCCCCCCGACUGGCUUGUAAACGUUUGCACCCGUCAUGUUGAACUGUAUUGGCUGUAUGGAUGUAAAGAGAUCUUGUUGAACACACUGUACGUUAUAUAUUAUUGUCUUCAUUUUAAAGUGAUGUUUUUAGCAGAGCACAUGUGAAGAAGAAGAAAAAGACUAAUGUUAUAAAUCUGUUUGAUUUAAACAAAUAUUGUUGUCCGAGAAAAUCUUUUGCUCCGCUUUAUUUUCAGAUUGUCAGCCGGGCGUACGAAGGCGUUUUAGAAGCGCAAUGCCGUUUACAAUUAAAAGCUAAAAGGAUUUAUUCCUCCCACAAACAUUCACUCUGUUCUCCAGCGAUCACGAGGAGCUCGUUGAUUUCAGCACCUUGAAGAUGUGAAGUGUUGAAUGAACUAUUCUUUCACUUAAACAAGGUAACAAAACAAACAAGAGGUCUAAUGUGCAACCUUUCUGCAAUAAAAUGUCUAAAACCAACCAGA